GUGACUAGUUAAGACUCGCAGGCUAUGCGGACUCACAGCCGCCAGCUGCAGCUCUCUUCACAUGGGUGCCUAAAGCAGCUGCUCACAGACAGAAUGCUGUUAUUAGCCUGCAAUACAAGUACUGGGCAACAAGGAGGAAUACUAAUGUGGAUCUGACUGGAACUAACCACUUCUACGGAUUUGUCUGCACUGGCAGAGAUGUUCUUCUGCUUGGAGAACAUGACCAUUCAGUUCUGACAGGCAUUUUCUGAUAACAUGGGCUCAUCAGUACUGGGGAAAGCUGCCACACUGGAUCAGCUACUGAAAGCUUGCAUUGAAGGCUUUGGUGAAAACGGAGAGCUCAGCAACAGCCAGUUACAACGCACAGUGUUGCUAAUGCAUCGCUGGUACCUCACGUCGACUGAACUGGCAGGGAAACUCCUUUUAAUGUACCGGGACUGUGCCAACGAAGACUGUAACAAAACUCGACUCCAGAUCUGCUACUUUAUUAGGUACUGGAUUGUACAGUUCCCUGCGGAGUUCAACCUGGACUUGGGUUUGAUACGGCUAACGGAAGAAUUUCGGGAAGUAGCUGGUCAACUGGGCUAUGACGAACACAUUAAGCUCAUUGAUAUUUCAAGCAUCCCAUCAUAUGACUGGAUGAGAAGGGUAACUCAAAGGAAAAAACAAUCCAAAAAAGGCAAAGCAUCUCUUCUCUUUGAUCACCUGAAGCCAAUUGAACUUGCAGAACAUUUGACAUACUUGGAAUACAAGUCAUUUAGAAGAAUAUCAUUUACAGAUUACCAAAGUUAUGUAAUCCAUGGCUGUCUGGUGGACAACCCCACACUGGAACGCUCCAUUGCCCUCUUCAAUGGGGUUUCUCAGUGGGUUCAGCUCAUGGUGCUCAGCAAACCUACGCCAUAUCAAAGGGCAGAGGUCAUAACCAAAUUUAUCAACGUGGCACAGAAUCUACUAAAGCUGAAAAACUUCAACACACUGAUGGCUGUCGUGGGGGGCUUAAGUCACAGUUCUAUCUCACGCCUGAAAGACACUCAUUCUCAUCUCUCAGCAGAAGUCUCUAAGUCCUGGAGUGAAAUGACAGAGCUGGUUUCCUCUAGUGGCAAUUAUUGCAACUAUCGAAAGACUUUUGCCGAAUGUGAAGGGUUUAAAAUUCCCAUCCUGGGAGUGCACUUGAAGGACCUGAUUGCUGUUCAUGUAGUCUUCCCUGACUGGAUUGAUGAGAGCAAAGUGAAUAUUGUAAAAAUGCAACAACUUUAUGUUACCUUCAAUGAGCUAGUAUCACUACAAAAUACCGCUCUCCAAGAGGAGCCUAACAUGGACUUAAUACACUUGUUAACACUUUCAUUAGACCUGUAUUAUACUGAAGAUGAAAUUUAUGAACUUUCAUUACUUCGGGAGCCUCGCAAUCCCAAAUCCUUGCCUACCUCCCCCACAUCACCAAACAAACCAGUUGUUUCUCUGGACUGGGCAACUGGUGUUACCCCUAAACCUGACCCAACAGUCAUCAGCAAGCACAUAAGAAAAGUAGUUGACUCUGUGUUUAGGAACUAUGAUCAUGACCAUGAUGGUUAUAUCUCACAGGAAGAUUUUGAGAGCAUCACAGCCAACUUUCCUUUCUUGGACUCUUUCUGUGUUUUGGACAAGGACCAGGAUGGUCUCAUCAGCAAGGAUGAAAUGAUAGCUUACUUUCUGAGAGCAAAUUCUCAGCUGCAGUGCAAGAUGGGACCCGGCUUUGUACACAAUUUCCAAGAGGUGUCAUAUCUGAAGCCCACGUUCUGUGAGCACUGUGCCGGAUUUCUGUGGGGUAUAAUCAAACAAGGAUACAAGUGCAAAGACUGUGGAGUAAACUGCCAUAAGCAAUGCAGAGAUUUGUUGGUGCUGGCAUGUCGAAAACUGUCCAGAGGCACUUCUUUGGGGAACGUAUCUCCUACUGCUUGCACACAUGGAUCACUUCCCAGCAGUCCAUCAGUUCCACCCUGUAAUGCCCCAGACAAUGUGUUUGAAUUCCCUGGUGUCACACCCGACAAUCAGGAUCUUGACAACAGAUCAAUCACUCUUAUGACUGGCUCCGCACGUAAGAUCUCGGUGAGACUUCAGAGGACAACCACCAGCCAGGCCACACAGACAGAGCCUUUAUGGCAUGAACACAGCUGGGGGACAGGGGACUGUGGCUCACACACCUUUCCUAAGAUGAGGUACAGACUUCACAGCAAGAAUAAGGGCUUUGCAAGUUGGGAGAAUGACAAGCCCUCAUUACAUGCCAGGACUGACCUGGAGCUGCGAAUUCCUGCCAUCAGUGUAGAGAUGCAGAAUGGGAUGCACAUCGAAGAGGAACAACAAGAGUCCGCUGAGGACAGCUGAACAACUGCCAUCAAAAAUAAGAAGAGGCAACAAUGAGACUUCAUGGGCUGUUAACGAGCCUUUGGAAUGAAGGAGACAUGAGUGGAAAUGAAGACUGCAGCCACUGGAUGCCACAACUUCCCAUGAGAAGCUGAAGGUCAGCCAGAAGUAACACACCUCAGAAAUGUUCAUCAGCUGUAUCGUAUGUCACUAUGAUCUCAAGGAAGAGAUGGUAAAAUCUUUAUACAAAUCAUUUUUAUAAGAGAUGAAGAGAUAAGAAAAAAAAAAGCACCAAGGUCCAAAAGUAUUUUAAAAACUUCUGUUGAGUUUUGUUCGAAGGGAUACUGAAUUACCCUGUAGCAAAAAAACCCUGAAGGGAUCGUGUUUAUCGUGUUGGCUUGUUUUCAAGAUGUUCACUGGUCUCAAGAACACCCAUUGGGUGUCCUUAGAGUUUAUCGAGUAAUGGUACCACUUGUCACAAUCCCUGGAGUAGGAUAGAUUUUCAUGGGUAAAUAUUUAAGACGGAAGGGUUUAACCUUGGACUUACUACUGGCCUGAGGUGGCAUCCUUGACUCCAUUUUCCCCAUCUGUGUGUCACAGAAACGUUUUUUGAGUCACCUGCCUUAAAUAUGCAAAGGACCAGAAAUGCCCUGCUCUCUGUCCUUAACCUCCAAUCACUUCAGGAUUCUCUGCAAUGUCACCCUGGCCUCGACUGUAAACUGGAGAUGGUCACUGAACAGAGGCAGAGAGUGUACGUGAUCGAUUAGAGAGUGGCAGUGUAAUGGACCAGGUCACUUAGAAUGAACACGUGUGAAGUAGGUAUCAAAUUGGAA